CUUACCACUGACUGAGUUCACUCAAAUACUCCCUAAAAAUAAACCCGAACCCCAAAAUUCCACAAAACCCAAACCAGAAACAACUGCUGUGCAGAAGCAUUUUGGACCACAAACUCUCAAGUUUUCAAAGACAAAAGUGCCAUUUCUAGAGUUCCAAAUGUCAGUUAUUAGGACAAGUGCUAACAUGAUUAUGAAACAACUCCUCCAUCACCCGCCGUUAUCUUUCAUCUCAUUCUCCGGUCGGCCGCUACUUCCCUGUUCCCGUAACCCCAUCAUCCGACUGACGCCCAAUCGUGGAAUCAGUUUUAGUCCCAUUCGUUGCGCCGCACCCGACGCCGAUGCCGACAGAAAAGUCUCCGCUCGUCUCUCGCAAAUGCAGCAGCUCCUUCAGGAAGCGGAAGAGCGAGCCAGCUCCGCCGGGAAUGAGCCCACUCCUCAAAUCACUUUGGAUCAUGUUACGGUGAGUUUUGCAAGGAGUGGUGGCCCUGGUGGUCAAAAUGUAAACAAGGUUAACACCAAGGUGGACAUGCGGUUCAAUGUAAAACAGGCUUAUUGGCUUAGUGACAGGAUUAGAGAGAGGAUUAUGCAAAUGGAAAAGAACCGUAUAAACAAGGAUGGAGAAAUCGUGAUAUCAUCAACCAAGACUAGGACGCAAAAGGGAAACAUCGAUGAUGCUUUGGCAAAACUACAGGCAAUCAUUGAUGCUGCUGCUUAUGUGCCACCACCUCCAUCGGAAGAACAAAAGAAGAAAAUCGCAAAGAUGGCUGCAAUUGGGGAGCAAAAACGCCUUAAAAGCAAGAAGGUCCUUUCAGACAAGAAAGCAUUUCGAAGAAGCCGGGACAGUUGGGACUAAAAUGUGGUGUCACAACUCUUCAAGUUCAUAGUGUCUGAAGAUCAUUGAAUCUCAGCCGAGAAGUAGACGGCUGGAAUGGAGCCUGAAGGAGUAUUUUGUCCUUAAAGUUAUUCAUGGUUAGGCAAAAGAGCUACCAUCUCUUGAUGUAAUAUAACCAUAUAUCCAACAUAGGCUACCGAGACACAUCAUUGUGUUAUAGACAUUACACACCAAAUUUUUUGCAUGGAAACCAUUAGUGAUUUAUUCAAUGAAGUUAAUAUGAAUGUUCUAAGGUCUAAAA